AGAGCAGUUGCUGACCUCACACGGGGAGCACGGAGGGAGUUGAGGCCAAGUAGGGAGGGCCGGGGAGGAGCAGCCUGGCCGUGGCCGUGGCCAGUCCCGAUCGCCUGCACAGCCUGCCGGCCUUUCCCAAGUCACGUGGUGCACAAGGGAAGAGUGGAAUGACAGCCACGGGACAUGCCGCAGGCGGGGCCCUGGGCCGGGAGAAACAACUCCGUGGGGGCCAGUGGCCCUGAUUGGUAGAUGAGGAAACCGAGCCUGGCCUAGGGUCACGGCCAGCGGCCAGCGAGGUCCUGGGACGCCCAGCAGCCCCCGGCCCGAGGGCUGUGCCCUGGGAACUCCCGCUGGCUCCUGGCUCCGCCCCGCCCCUAUGCGUGGAGACCCCGCCCCUCAGGGCCCCGAUGGCCCGCCACUUCCGCGGCGUCCAAUGAGGCUUGGCUGGGGGCGGGACGGGGCGCUACUGACGGCCAAUCUGGCCGGGCCGGGGCGUGGUUGCGGCGGGUGGCAGCACAGCGGUCUUCCCAGCCGGGGGAGAGCCUGGCGCAGGCGGCAUGCGCGGGGCCCUGCUGUGCGCGUGCCCGCCGCCCCCAGCCCUCGCAGCCCCUCGGCUCGCUCCGCCCUCCGAGUCGUGGCUCCCGUCCCUCUUCGGCUCCGUUGUUGCCGCACGGACAGGGCUCUAGACCCGGGCUGGGGGCAGGGGCAGGAGCGCGGGACGAGCGCCUGAGGUGGGUGCGGAGCGCGAGGCCGGGCGGGCCGGCGGGCGGGCGCCUGGGUCUGCCCUGCCGUAGGACUCCGGGUGUAGGUGGGAAGAGGCGGCUCAGGGAGCGGAGCCCGCCUCCCGGCCGGCCUGCGUGCUGGGCGCUCGUCCCCGCGCCCUGGGACUCCACCCAGGCCACCAGUGCCUCCGCCAGGGACACCCCGCCCCUGUCGCUGCCCGCAGCCUCCUCGCCCCCCUCGCCCUUUGUGGCCUGGGCACCUGCUGCCGCCCUCUCACUCCCCCUGCAGGCUUGACCCCUGCCCGACCCUGUCCCCCGCAGGACUCGGCACCAAAUGAGACUCCCACAGGCCCCAGCAGUCCCCUGUGUGGUCGGCACACCUGUCACCUCAACUCUGUUCACGCACUCCGCACCCCGCCCCUGCUGCCGCUCCCCCAAAUCUCCACCUGACCCAGCCCGGGCCAUCCCUGUCUCCCUCCUGGACCCUCCCCCCACCCCGAUCGUCCCCUCCACCUGCCCCACUAGCCCCAGCGCCCCCUCCCCAUAAUCCUUUGUUGUCUGUCUCUGCAGCUGUCCCCUGGCGCUAUUCACCCCUCUCCUCCUGGCUCUGUGCUGUGUUCCGUGGGGUCAGGGCGCACCUGCUCCUCAGCCGGCCUGACCUGGCCCCGCCCGGUCUCCUGCACACCUGCCCCUCCCUCCUGCCUCCCCCUGCACACCCCUCCCUUCCCCCGCCCCCACGCAGGUGUGGGGAGAAUCCAUGGAGCUGGGCGGCAGGAAGAAGCUGCACGCGCUGUCCCUGGCCGAGAAGAUCCAGGUGCUGGAGCUCCUGCGCGAGUCCAAGCUGUCGCAGUCGGAGGUGGCGCGGCGCUUCCGGGUCUCGCAGCCGCAGAUCUCGCGCAUCUGCAAGAACAAGGAGAAGCUGCUGGCCGACUGGUGCAGCGGCACCGCCAACCGGCAGCGCAAGCGCAAGCGGGAGUCCAAGUACAGCGGCGUCGACGAGGCCCUGCUCUGCUGGUACCGCCUGGCGCGCGCCGGGGCCUGCGACGUCACGGGGCCCGCGCUGCUGCACAAGGCCAAGCAGCUGGCCGACAUCAUGGGCCAGGACUUCGUGCCCAGCGUCGGCUGGCUGGUCCGCUGGAGACGCCGCAACAACGUGGGCCCGGGGCCCCGCCCCGCGCUCGCCCCGCCGCCCCCGGGGCUCCCGGCCCAGCCCCAGCCACCUGUGGCCCUUGAAGACUUCUGCCCAGAGGACGUGUUCGGCUGCGCCGCGGUGCCCUUGCUGUACCGGGCGGUGCCCGGCGGAGCCGGCGCCUGCGACCGAGUGCAGGUGGUGCUGUGCGCCAACAGCCGGGGCAGCGAGAAGCGGCGGGUAUGGGCGGGGGGGCGCCAGGCUGCCCCGGCCUGCUUCUCCGGGGUCCGCGGCGAGGCGCUGCCUGCCUCCUACCACCCUGGGCUGGGCGUCCCCUGGGCGCAGUGGUUGGCACGGUUCGACCGGGACAUGGGGCUGCAGGGGCGGCACGUGGCCCUACUGCUGGCGGCCCCGGUGGCGGACGCGGUGGCGGGCUCUUGUGGGCUGCACCACGUGAGGCUCCUGCCUCUCUCGGCCUCGGGCUCCACGCCCGCCCUGCCCUGCUCGGUGGUCCGGGCCUUUAAGGCCCGGUACCGGUGCCGUCUGCUGGGCAAGCUGGCCGCCAUCCGGAGCAGCGAGGCCGGCCUCUCGCUGGGCCAGGCCGCGACGCGCAUCACGGUGCUGGACGCGCUGCACAUGGCGGCGGCGGCCUGGGCCCGGGUGCCUCCGCAGCUCAUCUGGGGCAGCUUCGUCCAGGAAGGGCUGGCUCCCUGCAAAACGGCCCCGGCCCCCAGCAGGGCCUGCGAGAUGCCCCCGGUCCCCGGCGGGCUGAGCCCCGAGGAGUUUUCCCGCUUUGUGGACCUGGAAGGUGAGGAUCCAGGGCCUGGAGUGUGCAAAGAGGAGGCGCUCGCCGACGAGGAGGAGGGGGAGGGGGCGGGGGCGGGGGAGGAGGCCCGGGAGCCCCCGCCCACCAAGGCCGACGCGCUCGGGGCCCUGCGCACACUGAGGCGGUGGUUGGAGUGCAAUGGCACCAGCCCCGAGCUCCUGGACCAGUUCUACGGCUGCGAGGAGGGGGUGGAGCGGCUCUGCUGCCUGUGAGGCGCCCGCAGCCCCCCAACCCCCCCACUCCUGUUUCCCAUGGAAACGCCCUCCCCAGACGCUGGGGGGCGCCUCGCCCCUUGUGGAAGGUGCAGCAGAGACCCCCGAAGCUCGUUCGGAACCCUGAGUUGAGGAGCCCAAAGCUGCGGCGUUCGGGGUUGGAGGCCGGGUCAUGUGGCUUCUAAACCCCCGUUGGAAAGUUCUAGAGCCUUAGAGGGGCCGGGCCUUGGGAAGGUGGAAUUUGGGCUUUACAGACAGGCCGACCCCUUGAAGCCUGCUCUGCGUCUGGGAAUAAAGUUUGUAUUAAAAGAG